UUCUGUUUCUGAUGUCCAUUGGUCAAACUAGCAAUUGCAAGUUCUUUUCUUUUCUUAAUCGUAAAAUUGAAAAAAGGCAUUGGCAGAAUAUUUGAGAUAGGGUUUUGAAAAAAAAUCCCUAAAAUGGACAACGGAAUCGGACUGAACACCCCUAGGGGGUCAGGCACCAAUGGUUACAUUCAGAGCAACAAAUUCUUUGUAAAGCCGAAGACGAAUCGGGUAACCGAUUCCACCAAGCCUUUCGAGGCAGAUCAAGGCAGCGCAGGUCUCACCACCAGGAAACCUAACAAGGAAAUCCUCGAGCAUGAUCGCAAGCGUCAGAUUGAGCUCAAGCUCGUGAUUUUGGAAGAUAAACUCGCCGAACAAGGUUACACUGAAUCUGAGAUCGCUGAUAAGCUCGUCGAAGCUAGGAAGGCUCUCGAAGAUGCUCAACAAGAGAAAGACGAAGAAGAAGAAGUUAUACCAAUCCCUACUCGCCAGCAAAAGGUUUCGGAUACACAGAACCACCAAAUUGCGGCAAGGAAGGAGUAGCAGAUGGAGACCUUUAGUGCUGCUCUCGGGAUUGGAGCUUCUGAAUCUGGGCUUCCUCCUCUGCCAAAUCCUGGAAACAACAUCGAUGAGCGGUGUACAUAACUGUGAUUAGGGUUUAGGGUAUAUCCAAUAUGAUUAUUUGCUAUUAUUGCGAUUAGUAUAACAACAAUAAUGAUAAUAAAAUUAAAUAUUGUGGUAGAAAUAAAAAA